GGACAACGACGGAAGGAGGACGGCUGGGGAGUCGCAGCCCGGGAUUGUAAAUAAGACCGCCUAAACUGUGUUUUAUUUACAAAAGUGAUGCCGGCUGUUUUAAAAUAUCUUUCCCAGUUGUUUUAAAUCGUUUUUCGUAAUUUUUGGCUCUAUUCCUCGCCUAUUUCCGUGUGGUUUUUACACUACGCGUAUAAUGGCGAGCUCGGCUAACUCGAACCCAGUGCCUAAAUUAUACAAGACUGUGAUUGACGAUGUGAUCAAUGAGGUGCGAGAGCUGUUCCUGGAUGAGGGAGUAGAUGAGCAAGUUCUUCUGGAGCUGAAAACGCUAUGGGAGAACAAGCUGUUGCAGUCCAAGGCAGUGGAGGGCUUCCACACUGACGAGCAGACAGCCCUGCAGGCCGCACAGCAGCAGCAACAACAAGUUCAGCAGGUCCAACAAGUCCAGCAGGUGACCCAGCCAGCUCAGACCCAGCAAGUCAUCCUGCCGCCCCAGCAACAGCAAGCUCCCCAGCAGCAAGUCAUUGUUCAGGAAUCUAAGCUUAUACAACACAUGGGUGGAACGGGGAUGAGUGCAGCAGCUACCGCAGCAACCCUGGCUUUGCCCACAGCCGUCACCCAAUACCAACAGCUCAUCACCAGCCAAGGCCAGAUCCUGCAGGUAGUCCGUGCUCCCAACGGGGCUCAGUAUAUCAUCCAGCCCCAGCAGCAGAUCCUCCUGCAGCAGCAGAUGCAGCCUGGUGGCGUGCAGGCACCGGUAAUACAGCAGGUUCUGGCUCCUCUGCCGGGAGGCCUUUCCCAGCAAGCAGGAGUCAUCAUACAGCCACAGCAGAUUGUUUUAACCCCAGGAAACAAAGUCCAAGGCAAUACACAGGUGAUGCAAGCAGCAGCCAUGGCACCACAGCCCAGUCAGGCAGCAACAGCAGCUCAGGUCCAGCAGGUUCAGCAGGCCCAAGGAGCAACUGCAGCACAAGCCUCAGCACAGCCUCAGGCCCAACAGCAGCAACAGGCUCAGCCCCAGGCCCAGGCCCAGCCUCAGGCACAGCAGCCUCCCAUGAUGCUGCAGGUGGACGGAACCGGAGACACAUCUUCAGAAGAGGACGAGGAUGAGGAGGAGUACGACGAAGAUGACGAUGAGGAGAAAGACAAGGAUGGAGCAGAGGAUGGGCAGGUUGAAGAGGAGCCGCUGAACAGUGGAGACGACGUCAGCGACGAAGAGGACCAGGAGCUGUUUGAAACGGACAACGUAGUGGUGUGCCAGUACGACAAGAUUCACAGAAGUAAGAACAAAUGGAAAUUCCACCUGAAGGAUGGGAUCAUGAAUCUGAACGGGAGAGACUACGUCUUCUCCAAAGCCAUCGGGGAUGCCGAGUGGUGAAGCAGAAAAAGGAACGGGAGAAAGCAACAGGAGCGGGAUCUCUGUAACUCCUUCUAUCCAGUUAACAGACACUUUAGCAUCCUUCCACAUCCUGUGACUGGAUUCAUUCAGGAAACUGUUUCUGAGACUCCGAGAACUCUUGAGACAAACCCAAAGGACUGUGAGGUACUGUAAAACCCGGGUGUAGUCAGAAAACACUCGACUAGCCUUGCGGGAUGAGAAACCAACAGAGGAAGGGAAAAGCCCCGUGAGCCGAGCGCCGUUUCUCUUUAUUUCUUCUUCCAGGCUUCGCUGCCUUUUUUUCCCGAGAGAAUUCACCUAACUUUGGAAAGAAAGCAUCUCACCAUCAUACAGGUGUAGAGGACCAGGGUGACCUCGGCUUUCCUGCCACACAAGGUCAGAGGUCAUUCGUUAUAACCCCAUAGAUGAGAAACACCUUUGCAAUGCACUGUAGUCGGUUGACUGGAUUGACUCGUGUCUACAUUUGUGUCCAAACUUAGUGCCACCAGUCGAGAUCGCUGCCUUUAGAACGACCAGAAUCACCUGUUUUUGGCUUCUUCUUUUUUUUAAAUCCUAAUUCUGUCUGAAUUCACGUUUAUGAAAAAGGUGCUCCAGAGUGUUUUUAUGUAGGUGACCUGUUCUUUAAACUUUGUUUUAAAUGCGUUUAAUGAAGGAGUUAAAAAAGAAGGUAAAAUAACGUAACCUUACAAUAACUCAUUUUUUUAAUGAUUUUUUUUUUUUAUCUUCUGCGCAGCACUUAACUCUGAAACCCCCCACAGCACCUCCCCACUGGCUUCUCUGGAGCUUCAUUCCAUCUUUACCGUUAAGAAAAAAUAAAGAAAAAAGCGCGAGACACUGAAUUCAUUUAAGGAUUGUACAAAGGUGUCUCAGUUUGUCCUGUUGGUGGAUCUCCUUUGCUUUUAUUUUUAGUUCUCUGCAGCCGUCGGAAAUUUUGCACUGUCGGUUUAUCAGUGUGUUGUGAAGUCAGUCAGUCCACUUAAUCAAUAGCCGCAGAGACGUGUGUGUGAGAGAGCGAGAGGGACUGUACAGACGCGUGGUGAAUGCUGCUCUGUGUGUGUGUGUGUGUGUGUGUGUGUGUGUGUGUGUGUGUUGUCGUCGCUGGUUUGCUCUGAAAAGGUUUCAGUUUGUUUCUCUCACACCUCACAGUCUGGAAAUGUCACAGAGCAGUGAGGUUGGUGUCUGUCCUUUUUUUCCUAUUUAUUUCUGAAAGUUCAUAAAUUGUUCUUUUUUUCUUCUUUUUUUUAGGUUGGAAAGCCGCACCAAACUGUGCUCUUAUAAUCUAACAAGUGUUCCUUUUUUCUUUUCUUUUCUCCUUUCUUCUUAUGUCAGCCUGAUAAAAGCUACACGGCGCUGUUUUCCAAACCAUUUCGUCCACCAUAUGUUCUCCUCUGCUUUCGUUUUAUUCAUGACUUUUAAAAUGAGGAUAUUUUCUAUCCAAGUGAGUUUAACUCGAGGGGGUGGGGUGGGGGGGUUGUGUGUGUCUCUGCAGUUUGUUUUUAGUGCCCCUGUUGCAGCAGUUUGAAAUAAAGUAUAUAUGUGUUUUGACUGUUGUGUCGACGUGGUGGUUGGUUGGCUCCAUAGUUGUUGUUUUUUAGCUGCACAAAGAAAACCCUGUUACGGGACCUGAAGGAGAAAAAAGAACAUUUUUCACACGAUUUAGUUGAAUUAUAUGAAAUUUUUACAUAAAAGGCCAAAGGAAGACUUUCCACACAUUAAAAAAACAACAACAAAAAAUGGCCCCCAGUAGAUUUAUUUCCUUUUCUCUGUUCUUCAUUUCAAUAUCUAGAUGUCGUGCGUGCCUUUUUGAACUUUAGUUCAGUUUUUGUUUUUUUGGGGGGGGGGGUCACAGAUGCUAGACUGAGAAGGAUGUCUUAUUAAAAUGUGCUCUAUAACCAUU